GCCCCGUGUAUAAGUUCAUGCGAAUGUCUUGAUAUUGUAAAGAAGUGAAAGUCCCGAUAUUGAAUUAGAUCAGAGUCUCUCUUUAACGAAAACGGCUUUAUCAGAAUCGUUCCACUAGCAUAUUAUGUUUUACAUUACUUGCAGCAAUUUAUUCAUGAGAUUAUACUUUUCAAUGAAAAAGAAAUGAAUUUUCGAUAUCAUGAACACCCAAUGGUUAGGCACUCCAUUGAUACGCCCGUGUCGAGUGAGAGUCCAUGUUAUUAGAUCGUGACGAUAGAACACUAAAAUUAUUACAUAAAAAUAACUGGUAUGAAUUUAACCGAUUUUUUCGUAACAUUGCACGUUAUUCCAUGACUUUUUUAUUUAUAGUGAAAUGUAGCUGAUUGAUUGAAAAACUGAGGAAGGUAUGAUUUGCAAAAGAUUGAUACUUAUAAAUAUUUUAAACCUCAAGCGUUAAACCUCCAAUAAAAAAUCAGUCUUCAAGUCCAUACUGAUAUUUCAUAACUUAAAAAUCAUGUCUUAGAAAUGAAAUAUGAGAUUUUUCUCAAAACUGACAAAAUAAUAGAAAAACGACUAACAGAUACAAUUUUUUGAAAUCAUCCGAUAUUCCAAAAAGUCGUAUAUAUGAAGACAGUAAUUCGAUUAAUCAUUUUACUAGCUCUUAAAGUUUGAGAGAGUUAGAUUAUAACCAAAUUCAAUAUUUUAAUCGUUUUUUAAUGACAUACCCUAGCGGGUGGAUUUCUAAGAUAAAGACAGUAGCUCCCUAUCAUAGGUGAGUUAUAAGCAGCUCCAAAAAUCAGAAAAAGUCAUUUGUGAACACGAUUUUGUAAAGUGAACAUCGGGCCCCGAUUAUUUAGUGAGAUUAUUUUUUUAAAUGUUUCAAAAUUUUCUGAGUACUAGUAAAUUCUUUAAUGUCAUUAAAGUAAUAAACAAAUGAUGGUUUUCGCGUGGUUGAGGAAAUUAUUCCAACGCUUCAAAGCGAAAAAAACUCCCUCGAAAAAGUUCCGUGAUCAAGAACAAAGGUUGACUAUAAAUAAAUUAAUUAAAGAAGAAAAUGAAAAACUAGAAAAGUGCGUGCAAGAAAAAGUGUCAAUUUUACAGAUAAAACUUGAUCAAAUAAAAGAUCGUGUCAAAAAAUUUGAGGAUGUUGAAGUUUCAUCUGCUAAACCAUCAUUGCUUUUCGAUACAAGUGAAGUUAGAACUCAUACUAAAGAAGAAUUUUACUCUAAUUUUAUGCCAGUAAAAGUUGCACCAGAAUCCAACGAUUAUUUCGUAAUUGACGGAACCACUUUAUUAUACAAGUUUUGCUGGAAUAAGAAAAUGUCCGUCGAUACAUUGAUUAAAACAUAUGUUCACUACGUUAAAGAACACUAUAAGGGUAAUUGUUUAAUAAUAUUCAAUGAUUACGUCGAAAAUGUUGAUCACGAAGCAGAUUUCGACGAGAGCAGUACGAUUUUCACAAGCGAGAAGAUAUUUCAUAGCAAAGCCGCCGACAGAAUCCACUUGGUGCAAUUGAUACGAAAAGAACUGCACAGAUACAAUUUUCGAACGAAAUUUGUGAAAGGAGAGGGAACGUUGCAGAUCGUCGAAGCAGCCAUUCAAAAAGUCAAUAAAAAGUACAAGACUUGGAUAGUCGGAGAAGACAUAGACUUACUUGUAGUCUUCGCUGCGAAAGCACAAAAUCUGGACAAUAUUUUCAUGCUCAGACAAGGCAAUGGUUUCAAGUUUCAAGCGUUCGAUGCAAACAGUUUCAUUCAUCCCGGGAUGCAGAACAUUAUAUUAUUUUUGCAUGCUUUUUCGGGAUGUGACACGACUUUUUACUUCAAUAACCGUGGGAAAAAUAUGCUUAAAUCGUCAAUAUUGGUCUCAACAUCGUUCAAGAGCUGUUUCCCGAUAGAGAAUUAACCGGGUUAGAUAAGUUGCGUACGAUCCAGCAAAUUCAUCGCACAUAUCUUCAAAUACAAUCAUGGC